AGAGAGGAGGAGAAUUUGGAGGAAGAAUGGAAAGGAAAAUUAUAGAAAUGGAAAGUGAAGGAAGAGGAGGAGUAAGAUUGGAAAUAAAAAAAAAGAAAAUCAAUACUCCUCCUCCUCUUCCUAUUAUCAUUAUCAUUAUUAUUGCUAUUAUUAGAUGGAGGAUGAUGAAGAAGAGGGGAGGAGGAUGGAGGAAGAAUGGAAAGGAGAAGUAUAGGAAUGGAAAGAGAAAGAAGAGGAGAAGAAAGAUGGAAAAUGAGAAGGAAAAACAAUACACCUCCUCCUCCUAUUAUCGUUACCAUUAUUAUUACUAUUAUCACAUGGAGGAAAAUGAAGAAGAUGGAAAAAGAGGUAUAGAAAUGGAAAGAGAAGGAAGAGAAGCAUGAAAAAUGAUAAGGAAAAACAAUACACCUUUUCCUCUUCCUAUUAUCAUUAUCAUUAUUAUUAUCAUUAUCACAUGGAGGAACAUGAAGAAGAGGGGAAGAUGAUGGAAGAAAAGGUAUAGAAAUGGGAAGAGAAGGAAGAGGAGAAUUAGGAUGGGAAAUAAUAAAGAAAAUAAACACACCUCCUCCUCUUCCUAUUGCCAUUAUCAUCAUUAGUACUAUUAUUAUUUAUCACACAUAUCGUCAUUUAUUUCAAGGGAGAGCGUGCGGCAACGUUACCAGAUUGUCGUUCUCAGCCUCCUCUCAUUUUUCCCGAUUGUAGCCUAUAGUCCGUCUCACCCACAAAACUAAUCAUACCUAUUUAUAUUUAUCGUUAAAAUUCUUAAUUAUAGAGGGUUUUGUGCAGUCGUUAUGCGUUGGAAAUGGGAAAAUGUAGUUUGGUGAGUACGAUAUCGAGGAUGCUGAAAACGGACACUAAGCGACGUAGACACACUGAAUGGAGGCCACCACGCGGGUAUUUAGCAGCCCCCGCCACACCGUAUUUCUGACACUUGUCGUUUAUUUCACCUUAUUUCAUCACUUAACAAGACGAGGAAGAUGCCCAAACUGAAACUACCCCAGAAAAAGUACUACAGACAGAGGGCGCACUCCAACCCCAUAGCGGACCACAACUUUGACUACCCCGUGUGUCCCUCGGCCAUGGACUGGAGCACCCUGUACCCCAAACACUGCCAGCCAGGGACCAAGAAGAAGGUGGAGUUUGCAGACAUUGGCUGUGGGUACGGAGGGUUGCUGGUGUCCCUCGCAACAACCUACCCCGACACGCUGAUGCUGGGGAUGGAGAUCAGAGUCAAAGUGUCGGACUUUGUGGUGGACCGCAUCGCUGGGCUGAGGGAGGAUAAGCAGGAUGCGCCGGGAGGGUACCAGAACAUUGCCUGCGUUAGGACCAAUGCCAUGAAGUACCUGCCCAACUAUUUCGAGAAAGGACAGCUGAGCAAGAUGUUCUUCCUGUUCCCUGACCCACACUUCAAGAAGGCCAAGCACAAAUGGAGGAUCAUCAACCCCUCACUUCUGGCUGAGUAUGCAUACGUCUUGCGUCAAGGGGGCCUGGUGUACGCCAUGACCGAUGUGAAGGACCUGUACGACUGGAUGCAUCACCACUUCACCGAACAUCCUUUAUUUGAACCCGUGCAGGAGGAGGAGUUGAGAGAAGAUAAAGUUAUACCCCUCCUGCCCGACAGCUCUGAGGAAGGCCAGAAAGUGACCCGCCAACUUGGUGUCAAGCACCUCUCUGUGUACCGGAGAGUGGCUCUGCCCGGGGUGGAGAGCCCCUAGAGAACUUAACAGAAUUUAUAAAACCAGCAAACUGUCUUAAAAGUACAUUUGCACAAGGAAAAAUAUUUUUCUACCACUUCAUUGCAUCUCAAGUCACUGAAAUAUUCACUCAAUUCAUUAUCCACAAUUAAGUCUGUGGGAAGGAGAGAUGAAAAUGCUUUUAUUACCGAUGGAGAGUUUUGGGGGCAAAAUCUAAUCCAUUUAUACUUCCUGUGAGCUUCAACAAGUAUUAGUGAUAUUCUUUGAUUGGAUUUGCAACCUGGUGCUAAAAACAGUUUUGGGCAAAGGUCUUGACUAACCAACCCAACACAAUGCAAAGUAAUAAUGUGCCAGGCCUGUCAGAACACAGUAAUGUGAAACAAGUGCCUGUCAUUCUUCAAGCACUAAGGCAAGAUAACAUAGUUACCAACAACUAGCAAACAUUAAAUAUAGCUGGAUAGUGGAAAAUGCCCUUAAUAACUUUGAACAAAGCCUAUGCAUAAAACAUACGUGCUUGGUUCUCUAUAGGACAGCCUCAUACAGAUAAUUAGCUAUUUAACUGUGAUACAAAUGGCUAUGAGGUAUAUAUUGGAAAUGUUAAUGUAAUACACAUUAUCAUUAUGUAUGGCUCAAAUAAAUGCAAGCGAUGGA